UUACUUUAUUUUCUCUUUAAUUACACUGACAACUUUUCGUGGAGAAAGUUUUCUGUGCUGAUACAGAGAGAUUGAAUUUGAAUACAGUAAUAUUCGUUCAUAUCUGAUUUUUUUGGCCAAUCACCCUUUUCAUUUCUACAUACAGUAAAACAAAAAAAAAAAGCUUUGAAUCAGUGCUGAGGACCUUUGGUUUUCUUCUAUGGAAGUAACAUGCCAUUUAGCACCAACUUGGUUGACGCGAUUAACGAAAGGUUUCAAAUUGACAUGAAAAUGAAUCAGAGUUAUUCAUCUUCCUCAAUUUUGGGCGCUGACUUCAUAUUAAGACAAUUAAUGUUUCAAAACACAGUCUUUUGCCUUUGCAAGACAGCAGACAUAACUUUUUGCCAAAAAAAAGAUUUAUUUAGAUGCUUUAGUUUCAUACUAAUUGACUCUAAAUGUUAUACGGCUGUAGUGUGACACAGAUCAGAGGGUCAAGAGGUCUUCAACCGCAAAUUAAACCUUAUUAUCACAUUCACUAUCCUUCGUCAAGCCAAUUACAUGAACAUUCAUGUCUUGAUUUUUUUUUUUUGGUCCACACCACCUCAAAAUAACUUCUUUUAUUAAUCUUUUUUUUUUUUUUUUUGCAUACAAAUGAGUCUUGUUUUGUUGAACGUAUAAUAAUAAAAGUGCACUAUAAUAGUAAAGAGUCCAUGAUUCGAUUUUCAAAAUGUCUCUCAUGUCGGUUGCUCAAGGCAACUUUGCUUGUAUUUAGUUUAAGAAAAUUUUGGUACUCCCUGCUUUUUUGGGUUCUGGGUAGUGGUUCUUUAUAACUUGACAGCUCUGGAAUUAAGAGAGGCCUGGACCAUAAUGUGUCGUUUUUCUCAUCUAACUGCAAAAUACAGGAAAUCCGUUUCCUGGCACUGAAUGCAACCACAGACAGCCGCACGCUCACAUAUAUUGAGUUAUGGACUCCACUGCACUGCUGUCUGUGGUAGGCGGGGCUCUCUUCCUGUCAAUCAUCCUUGUAGCCAGUCUUUGUACAAACUGCUUGGGGCAGAAACAACAAACAUCCAUCCCUCAGAGGUCCAGUGACUCGGAAUACAACCAAAUAUCAAGUUUUGGGCUUAGGUAUCCCAUGUCAACAUAUGAGCACCAUAUGGAUCAUACCAGAACUGGACCUUACCAACCCAAUUCACUCACUUCACCAUCUAUUACUGUCACAAAGGUGCCCUCCUGUCCUCCCUCAGAAACUGGAAGUCAAGCCAGUUAUGUGAAUCAAAACGGUGAGGAGGGAAUCAACAUUCAUGUCAAUGGCCAUGAGAGUGACGAUGAGCCUGAUGUUCAGCCUCCAAGUGAAUACAUAGUUGUUCUUCCAGAUUCCCCAAACACGCUAUCUCAGAGACCCAGCAGAGCUUCGUCCCAGAGCUCAGGAGAACCUUACAUAAAUGUAGAAAAAGAUGAGAAUGUGCCUGAAGUUAUAUCUGACCGUGAGCUGUAUACGGAUGAAUCAGACUCAGACAUUCCUGAUUAUGAAAAUUGCAAAAAUUCUAUUGAACAAUUGUGUAAUUAUUGUGGUUUGUCCCGUGGAAGUCAAAGCAGUGAUGAACGGGACAGCUCUGAUUAUGUCAACACUAGGGAUGUAACGGAUUUGCCUUUUAUCUAACAAGGUCAGAGACCUACAAAGCAUCCCGACUGCCAGAGGAGUUUAGAGGUUUACCUGUGCUUUGAAUUUUGGAGUGCAUUGCCCAGAAAGCUUUGAACCAGUGACACCUCAGAAAACUUCCUCUCUCAAUCCCUAUGACUGAUUUGCUGACGAUACCUGAGAAUGUUUUUAUUAAUUUUUCCUUCCUUUUUUUCCUUUUUAAAUUAACACUUGCUGUUUACAGUGUACUGCACCAGGCAUUUACUUUCAAAUAUAUGAAGUUUUUUGACUCUGCCAUGUAAUAUAUAGCUUUUUGUCAUAAAAAUGAAUAAACAUGUUAGCAAUUGGUUUGUAAAUCGUGAAAUAAAUUUUACAAUAAAAGUUUUACAAUUGA